UGCAGCCUUGAUUUGCCACCAAGAACAAGAACAGCAGAGAGCAAUUAGCGUCUUGACCUCCUUCAAUGGCCAAGAUCCAGCCCUUACCUGCAGCCUCAUCGUCUCCCUCCUGCUCACCCACCGGGGAUGAGUCUCGAAGCCUGCAGAAGCAGGCAGCGUACACGGUGUGGAUGAAGUCGCUGGUGUUCAGCGGCAACGGUUGCACGGUGUACGGAGCCGACGGCGGCGUCGCCUUCCGCGUCGACAACUACGGCUGCCGGGGCGGCCGCGAGGUCUUCUUCAUGGACCGCGCCGGCAAGACGCUCAUCAGGAUCCAAAGAAAGAGGUUUGGAAUGUUCAGGAGAUGGGAGGCCUGCCGGUACUUCGACGCCGGCGAGGGUUUUGGCGAGGAGACGAAGCCGUGGUUCACCGUGGAAAAGGCUCGGAGCGGUGGAGCUGCCGUGACGAUGCAUGGCAGCGGGAGGACGUACACGAUCGACGGGUGCUCGCGCAAAGCGGACUACAAGAUCACCGACGACGGCGCGGUCGUGGCGGUGAUCGGGCGGAAGCAGACGGCGUCCGGGGUUGUGCUCGGAGAGGAUGUCCUGACGCUGACAGUGGGGUCGGGGGUGGAUCAUCUGCUCGUCCUGGGAAUGGUGGUCGUCUGUGGCCUUAUGAACCGUUGCAUGUGACGGCUGACGAGGACGGUCGAGGAUUCUCCAGGAGAGCGUGCAUCACAAUUCACAAGAACGAAUAUGUUCUUGUUCUUUUCAUGCGAUUUUUUUUCAGUUAGACUGAUUCUUAGGAGGAUACAUGGUGAGAGUUUGUUUCGUAUCGGUAAUAGCCGGUCAUUUUUCCCACCAAUUUGAGGACGAUUUUCCCUUUUUGGUGGAUGUUUUUUUCCGGGUCCUACGGAUGUACAAUUGUAAGGCUAUAAUCUGUGAAGCAGACUUGUUUUUG